CAGCCAUUUGUAUCAAUACACAUUUGUUGUGAAGACAAUAUAAACAUAAAUAGGAUUCAGGGUUAAAGAAAUCGUUUAUAGGGAUCGUUAUGGAUAAACGUCUUGUUUUAUUCGUUUACAUCGUUUGCUUUGGAUUAGUCAGUUCUACGUCAGAGCCAAAUGCGUAUGCACCUGAGAUAAUUUCCUCGGUGUUUAACAGCCGCGAUAUUCCACUGUUCCAAGGUACAGUGAGGGAGGAUGAGACAGUGGUGCAUUUGGAGCCACAGCUGUUUGCCCGGGACAAUGACACAGUCGGCUCAGCGCGCCUGAUUUGCCGCUAUGAGAUUGUCUCCAACAUCAAGAAAAUUCCGUUUGUGAUUGAGGUGAAGAAUAGAGAGACAGGAGAGGGUCUGUUGAAAGUGCAUGAAGGGGAAAGACUCAGCUAUGAGAAGAGGAAAACCUACAAGUUCAACAUAUUUGCCUUUGAUUGUGUGGACCCACCAUACGAUAAAAAAUCUAGCAGGGCCGUAGUCACAGUGAAGGUGGUGGCAGCAGACAGAUCAGCCCCUGUGUUUGAGAAGACCACGUACAACGCUGACCUACAGGAGGGGGUCCUGUCACAGAACAUCACUCAGGUUAAAGCCAUAGACAGGGAUGCGGCCGCAGAGAACAGUGCAAUCUGCGGCUAUGACAUCGUCAGUGAUGAAGCACCAUUCACUAUCACCAGCAAUGGCAUCAUCAAGAACACAAAAGCUAUUUACCACAAGGAUGCAUAUAACUAUAUUCUGAAGAUUCGUGCGCGAGACUGUGCAGGCAAGGUGUCCGAGCCUGCGUACGUGAACAUCAUCGUCAAGGAGACGUGCACCAAUGGAUGGACAGAUUUCCCCGACCACAUCGAAUACACGCCAGGGUCGGAGUAUAAAUACCUGACAGACUCUGCCCGACUGCAUGUGUGUGCAGGCUCAUGCGUGAUUGACCGAGUCUCAGUGAGGGUCAACCUGGCCACCAAUCACAUCGGCAAGGGCUGCGAUAGGGACACCUACAGCAUACUGUCGCAGAGGAAAUUAUGUGGUGCUAGCGAUGAAAGUGUUGACCUGCUACCUACUGCUACGCUCGCGUCCAAUUGGACAAAUGUGGUUCCCUCAGAUGACGGAAAUGACGGCGACAGAAUAUUCGCAUUUGACGGAAAGUCUCACCACGUUGUGGUCCCGGACGCGUACACAGACCACCACCUGGACUCACACUUCACAAUCUCCACAUGGAUGAAGCAUUCUGGGCAUGAUGACCUGGUUACCAAGGAUACCAAACCACAUCACCAUGGCAACAAGGAGCACCUGCUCUGCAUGUCAGAUGGCGAUGGCAUGAACCGUCACCACUAUGCGCUGUUUGUACACAACUCCAAGCUGGUGUUCCUGCUGCGCAGGGAGAGUUCUGACCCUGCUGACCUUGAGGUCUUCAAGCCGGCCGAGUGGCGCUGGCUUCUGGACGAGGUCAACGACGGCAGGUGGCACCACUAUGCCCUCAGUAUGUACUUCCCAGAGCUACGUCUCCUGGUAGAUGGGAAGGUGGUAGAGGCCAACCAGGACAACUUUGAGAUGCUGGAUGACUGGCCCCUUCACCCCACUGACAAGGUCCACUACAGCAAGCUGGUUAUAGGGGCCUGCUGGAAAGGCCUAGAUGAGACAUUUGCUGACCACUUCCAAGGCUAUCUGGCCGGACUGUCCUUGUUGAAGGGUCGUACGGAGAGUGACAAGGUCAUACAGUGCCUCAACAACUGUCAGGAGAACCUAGAGUUUACUGAUCUAGAGAACAUGCCAAGUGGAACGUCUGUCAGUUUCAAUAGUGAGAAGACAGAGUUCACCAUUACGGGACACAACGCUUCUGACGUUGAGAAACUCGUGCACAAGGUGGCAUACAUCAACAACCGUAACUUCCCCACCCCCGGCCGUAGGAAUCUCAACAUCAGGACAAGCUUUCAUUGUGGAGAUACAGAGGAGAUCCUUCCGCUACUUGAGACGUACAUAUUCGUAGAGCACUCUAACAGGCCUAUCAUCACAAUGUCUGGCAAGCAGGUCGUCAUGGGAUACAGGGACACACUUGAGACAGGCCUUGAUAUCUUUAGGGAUGUGAAUAUCCAUGUUGACUUCAUGCUGUUAACAAACGGAGAGGAGAACAGGAAUGACACCGAUAGCGAGGAGGAGGAGAUUGGCAAUGACACCUCACCACCCAAACAACAGACUGAUGUGAAGUCUAAAAACGUGCCUGUUGUUCACUCAGGAGGCUCCAGUGAAGACCCCUCCAGUCACUUCCUGCUCGACAUGUGCACACUGCGGGCAGAGCCUGUGCUGGACUUCUAUGUGGAACACCUCGAGCUACCCAAGAGAGACAUCAAGGACUUCAACAUGAAACUGGAGGGAAUUGAGACCGCAGCUGGACUGGUCAUCCUAAAUGCCGACACUAUUGCUAACUACCUGACUGUGAUCAGACACAUCCGAUACGUGCACACCCAUGCAGACAACCUUCACAUGCGUAACUUCGUCCUCUCCUGUUCCUCGCAGAGCGGCAGAUUUGUGAGCAACGAAUUAAGUGUGUCGGUUGGUUCUCUGGAGAGAGAUACGGAAGAGCCUCGAGUGGUACCAGUUGCUAGGAUACAGAGUAAUGGUGCCCAGCAGUCCAUCCAGGAUCCCAAGUUCAGUCACACCUUACAGGGAGCUGCAGGCACAAAUUUUGGCAUGGUGGCUAUCAUAGUAGUGUGUGUUGGUUUCCUACUGUUCAUGAUUGUCCUCGGUGUCCUGCGUAUACGGGCGGCACACCACAGACGGCGCCCUGCCAAUGAGAGUGGUCAGGAAAUGGAGUGGGACAACUCGGAACUCAACAUCAUUGUGAACCCCAUUGAUCAGGAGUUGUUUGAAUAUGAAGAGAAUCCACGCAAAUCCACACUGCCAGAUGACAGUGACACUGAUGAUGAUGUAAGCGACGGUUUCCAUGACGACGGGAACGAAUCUUCAGAGGAAGAGGCGGAGACUUACAAGAAGACCCUUGAAUGGGACGACUCGGCUUACUAGUGCGGGAAUUACUUCAGAAUGUUCUUUAUUAAUUAUCUCAUAAAAAUAUAACAGCUUUCAUAUGUUAGAAUUAUUGUUGACCCAGCCUAUGAGUGGGAAAAUUAUUUCAGAAUGGUCAAUGUUACUUGUCUCAUCUUAAACAAAACUGCUUUCAUCAGCAGGAAUUGUUAAAAGCUUUAAAAGCGCUCUUAUGAUAAUUGAAUCUUAUGGAAGGUUGUGAUUUCUCAUCCCUUCAGCUACUUGCUUUUCUCUCAAUACCUUUAAAUUGAUGUAUUUCCAAGUUGAGUUUGUUUGUACCCUCAAAUAAGAAACCUGGAAUGGAACAACUCUGCCUUCUAGUGCUAUAAAUUAGGACACAAUGGUUGUUGUUGGUUAUCUCAUUAGAAACAGCUUUUAUAAGCAGGAAUUGUUAAAAGCUAGCAAUCUUAUCUUUUACCACAUAUUGUUAGUAGUCCCAUAGAAAUUCUAAUUAAAUUAAAUACUGCUCUGGCUAGAUUCAAGUUUUUGAGGCUCCAUUCCCAUACUGAUGAGCAACAAACACUAUAAAUCUGAACAGUCUGUAAGCUACUCCAGAGCUGUUCUGGUUUCAUAUAGCCAUGUUCCCCUAUCUUCUGAGUGGGAAAGGUAUAAGCUUAAAAGAAAUCUUGUGAAAAAUGAAAACAUAAACUUAUCAUCUUAUUUAGGGUUGUGCAUUCUCUUUGCUCUGGCUUAUUGUUACACUCCCAUAUCAAUUUAUGAAACUUGCAAAAAGACUCCCAUAUCCAAUGAUGAAACUUGCAAAAAGACUCCC